CACGUUACGCACUUCGUUUCCGCCAAUGGCUGAUGCGGAGACAUCGAUGUCCUUGCUGAAAGAGAUAGGGCGAGUGAAGAUCGAGCUGAACUCUUGCUCUGAAGGUUCGAAGGCCGAAGUGCAGGCCAAGUUGGACCUGCUCCUAGCUGAGCACGCUUCCAAGGCAGAAAUGUCAGCCGAUGCCAGUGAGCCAGCGAAGGGGCCAGAGCGCCGAGCGAAGUCCAAGUCGGACGGUGACUUGGCAGGAGAGCCGAAAGCGCCAAAAGCGGUGAAAGGACUCGGACCUGAGCGAUUAGCGCGAGCGCCGGUGCCAAAGAUCCCGAAGAUCCCGAUCCCGACAUCGCACCCGUCGCCAAAGGGACUUGACCAUGGUGAAGAGCGGGGGAGGCGGCCACAGAUCCCCACUGCGACACCAGG